AUGGAAGAGCAGAGAGUUUCGGCGAAGGGCAAAGCACCCCGAAGCUUGUCCGAGGUGCAGCGCCGUGCGAAGAGCAAAGCCAAGGAGGAACCACAGGAGUCUGGCGGUUUCUCGCUGGACCCACCCAGUGGCACACGCGACUUCUUUCCAGAGGACAUGCGGGUGCAGCGAUGGCUUUUCGACCGCUUCCGGGAGACAGCGCGCCUCUAUGGCUUCGAGGAGUAUGAUGCGCCAGUGCUGGAGAACGAAGAUCUGUACAAGCGCAAGGCUGGAGAAGAGAUCACAGAGCAGAUGUACAACUUCAAGGACAAAGAAGGUGCAGCCGUCACGCUGCGGCCAGAGAUGACGCCGUCCCUGGCACGAAUGGUGCUGUCACUGAUGAGGGCGGAGACAGGUGCCAUCGCUGCAGUGUUACCACUUAAGUGGUACGCCAUCCCUCAGUGUUGGCGCUUCGAGACUACGCAACGGGGCAGGAAGCGCGAGCACUACCAGAAUCUUAGCUUGAAUGAGAGUCAGCCGUGA